AUUGUUUUCUUAUUGCAUAAUCAACCUUGAUUCAAAGGGGGUGUUAGAAAUUGACAGGUCACAAAUAAAUAUCAGUCCAGCAGCCAGGGGGAUCGAAUCAGUCAGGGGUAGAUAACGGAGAGACUCGUUUUCUUUUAACUAACUUGAAGAUUUUUAUCCAACAUGCUCUGGUUUCUUUUGCUGUUCUGUGGCUUGUCUUUGGCUGAUGAGGGUGGCAAUGCACUUGAAACACAGUCAUGCUCUCCUGAUAUUUGUAACCUCAUGAAAGAGGUUGGUGCCAUGUCAGAAAAAAUCAAAUCUUUGGAAAGCAGGCUGCAGGAAAGUGAAGCAGGGCUGAAGGUCAGCGUAAUCCGACUGCAGAACAGUGAAACCCAGAUUUCUGAUCUGAGGAGCAAAGUGACAACCAAGGUGAUCUUCAGUGCAGCGAUAGGAGGAAAUGGAGACGUUGGACCCUUCAACACAGACACAACUUUAAUCUACAGAACAGUGAUCACAAACAUCGGCAACGCCUACAAUGCAGCCACAGGUGUCUUCGCUGCACCUUAUGCUGGAGUUUAUUACUUCACCAUCUUCCACCACGCUGGAGGAAGGUUCGGCACCGAGCUGUACCUCUACAAGAACAGCCAGCGCAUGGUGAGAACGCAGAAUCACAAAGCUGUCAACGAGACGGCUCAUAACGGAGGAAACGCCGUGUUCCUGCAGCUGAAUCAAGGAGACCAAGUCUAUGUGCGUCUGAAUGCACGCUCAUACGUGUGGGGCUCUUUAUACCACACAACCUUCAGUGGUUUUCUGGUCCACAUGUGAGAACAGAUAAGAAGCAGCUGUUUCUUUAGGAUGAAUGAAAUCAUCCGAAAAUAAAUCCUGUAACUUUAAAGUUUGGUUAA